UAUACCGGUAACUAUCUCUGUGCAGCGUUCCGCUAGUAGAGGGAAGGAGAUUGAGUUGCUUCGAUCGUGUGCAGGUUGCUUUGUCGUUGCUCGAACAUAGUGGAACAUGUUGUGCGGCACGGUACUGUUUCUGGCCUUGGCUGGCCUGGCCUUGGGUCAAGAGCAUUGCGACUCACCACCGCAGUGGACGUCCAAGAACUUCUACUUUUCGCCAGCGCAGGGUCACAUUCAAGUGGUUGAGGCAGAGUACACCUAUGACAAGACCAACCAGCGCAAGAGCUGGCGGGAGCGUGACGCAGGCCCAUCGGCCGAGCCAAUCCAUCGCAUUGAGUUGGGUGCUGAGAGAAUUGAGUACGUUAUCAACGAACGUACUGGCGCCUGCAUUGCAUACCCUCUGAGGUUUCCAUUCUAUGCUCACGAUGUCCCAGUCAAUGCUCAAUUCAGCGGGCUCUUCUAUGUUGGAAGUGAUGCCGAGACUGAGGGUUCUGUGGAGCUGUCUUCAUGGAAUGCCCGCCUUACCGGAUCAUACUGGGAUGGAUCAUUCACCUCCCAUGGCUGCAUCCCGUACCAUAGCAACCACUACAAUGCCUCCACCUUCGGAAUUCGUUUCGAGUCAAUUGUCGAUGUCAGCCCCGGAAUCGACCCAAAUGACUUCAUCCCUCCGGCAAGCUGUCACCACGCAGCUGAGGAGCUGAGACUGAAGAAGUAGACGCACUGAUAUGAAUACUACAUACUACCGGCGGCGGCGUCACAAUCACCGCAGUACGGGCAGCUACACAUGCUGCCUGCUCAGUGGUCGAUAUCACACAGCCUGACACAGCCUGACACAGCCUGACAGGGGAAUUCAUACCCGCCUAGCACCCUGGCCAAACGUUAUGUCUUGUACACACUUGAGCACUCAUGCCCAUUUGCUUGUCAUCUUCUCUUCUUCUCAGUGACUGUACAAGCAGUAGCAAUGGCAAUGUUGUUUUGCCUGCAGACAGUGUCACUUCAUUCCCCUCCUGAUUCUUUUGUACCAUGACUAGUUUCCAGGAAAGUGUCUCAUUCUUUCUCCCUUGCUCUUUAUCCCGGCGAUAAAACGUUUUGUGUCUCCUGAAUACUGAUAUUAAAUGUCCAUUGUCACCGUGGCCUAUUUGCCUGUGUGAUCCAGUG